AUGGACACCAGGGACGAGCUGAUGGAGCAGCAGCUCAGAGAGAAGGAUCAGGAGAUCCUGAGACUCUCUGAGCUGCUCCAAAGAGAUGGACCACUCCAGAGAGACAACAAACGACUCCAGGAGGAGAACCACAAGCUGCGGGAGGAGAAUCACGAACUCCAACAGAAAGUGAAGAUGGAGGUCAAGGCUGCAGCAAGAAACAAGUUGCUGGAGGAAGAAAACAAAACACUCCAGCAACAGAAGGAUGGACUGAAGCAGCAAAGACAGAGGCUGAUGAUGACAAGUAAAGAGCUGCUGGAGGACAAUCAGAGACUGGCGCUCAAUGAGAUGAUUAUGGAGAACAGGUGGAAAUGCCUAAAGGUGGAGAAGGAGCAGCUGGACCACCAGAAAGACGAAGAAGUCCAGAGGCUGAAGGACCUAAACGACUCUCUCACUGCGACGGUCUCCAGUAUCCAGCAGGAGAUGCUGGACAAGGAGGCCGAACACCAGCACAGAGAGGAAGUCUGGCGGUUUAAACUCAGGACUCUUGAGAAGCUCUGGGAGGAGGCAGAGCAGCAGAAGACAGAGAUGGAGGGGACAGUGAAGGAUCAGCUGGACCGCCAGAAAGACCAAGUCCAAAGGCUGAAGAGAGUAAAUGACUCUCUCACUGCGACAGUCUCCAACAUCCAGCAGGAGAUGCUGGACAAGGAGGCCAAACACCAGCACAGAGAGGAAGAGUGGCGGUCCAAGCUCAGCGCUGUGGAGAAGCUUCAGGAAGAGACGGAGCAGCAGAAGACAGAGAUGGAGCUGAAAGUAAAGGAGCUGAAAGAACAGGAACAAAGACUCAGAGGGGAAGAGACACAAAAAGAGAAAAAGAAGAAAAAGAGCUUCUGGCGUUGUCUCUUCCCCAAAAGGAGACACAACAACCAGCUGAAGGUGGAGGAGGCAGCUGGUUGUUCAGAGUAG